UUUAAAUAACACAAAAAUUUUGAGGUGAUUUUUGUAUUGUAUUCGAAUUGCACCUAAGUUUAUUGCAUGUUUGCAAAGCAUGUUUGUAAAAUGCGUCCAGAUUAAUAGGCUGUUUGAUCUAAAUGGUGCAGCUCGCAAUAAUUAUUUAACGUGUGUUUAAAGCAGUGAGACUUAUGUUGAUAAAAGAUCUUAGAAAUUUGUAUAAAAAUGAGUGCCAAUGACCAAGACCUAGGAGCUACAAAGAGAGAUGAGAAAAAAUAUAUGUCUCUUCAACAAACAGAUACAUUAGCGGAAUCUAAAGGUGUUUCUCAUUCAGUGCCAACAGAUAUUGGAGGUGGUGGAGAUAUUGACUCAGAUAGAGGACAAGAUAAUAAUGAUUUGACAGUCAAAGCACUUGAAUCCAAGAAGCUGUCAGAGUUUGAUGAUGUUGAUGAUGAUUUUAACAGUGAUGAGCUUCAAUUGAGAUGGGAUGAUGAUGAUGAGCCUAACAUUGAUGAAACAUCAGUAAAAGAAUUAGAGAGUCAGGACAAUAAGGAUAGUAAGGAUGAGAAGGUUUCAAAAGAAACAGAAGCAAACACUUCAAAGUCACUUGUAACUGCAGUUGAAGAAUUAGAACAAGCUAUUAUAGAGACUAAUGAUCAAGUUGAAAAGCUUAUUUGCUCUGACAAAGCUGGUAUAAACGAUCAUGAUGAUAGUAUUGAAAAUGGGGAAGGUAAAUCUGCUAAAGAAAUUUUAGAAAAUAUAGACAAGUUUAUAAGAUCAGAUGAAAACGUUGGCAAUGUUGAUAAAAUUAAUGAUUUUUGUGAUAUAAACCCCAAUGAAACAGAGCAAACUGCUUUACAUGCUGAUGUCACAGAAGUUAAUACAAAAAAUUGUAAAUCUUUCUCAGAAUCUAAAGUUGACCCGGUCAUUAAUUUAAAUGAAAGUGAAAUGGAUGUAGAUAAUUCAGAUAUACGAGAUGCAAUCCAUACUGAUAGUCUUACUAAAAUUGAUAAAACUGUAGAAACAGUUAAUAUUAAUGACAUAUCUACUGACAUUGUUGAUUCCACUAAUAUUCUCUCUAGUACUGCCAAUGAAUCCAUGUUCGAAGAUGAUGUAAAAUUUGAGCAUGGCUUGAAACAACCAGAUAUGAUUUUGGAAAUUCCAACUCAAGAAAUAAUUGAUUGUUUGGAUGAUUAUGAAGAUUCAGAUUGUGAAAAUAGAGAUAAUGAGAAAAGCCUUGGCACAGAUAAAGGUUCAAAAACGUUUGAUACUGAAAUCGAAAGUAGUGAAAAGGAAGUAACUGAAACUGUUUCAGAAUUCACAGCUAACGACAAAAUUAGCGAAAGUGAAAUUAUGGAACUCAAAACUGAAGUGAUAGAAGUGCCAAAAAAGGAGUUUUCUGAAAAUGAUGUGGAAAUGUCUGAUGUAGCUGAAAAAUGUGAUGUUGCUUUGCUUGCAACUGAACCAAUCAAAGAAAAUUUGAAAAUAGAUCCUCAAAUAUCUGACAAAGAUAAUGAUUAUGCACCAGUUGAAAUGGCAUCAAUUGAUGAACCUAAAAUAACAUCUGUCGAUACAGCAAUGGAUGCGGCUAAAAGUGUGGUAAAUACAUAUAAUUUGAACAACAAAAGCUCCACAAGUAUUGAAUCAGAAGUAGAUAAACAAAAGAUUGAAAGUGAAUCUCUAAGUCCAAAAGCUACAGAUCAACCUUUGGAUAAAAUCGAAGAAAUAGCUAAGAAAACAACAGUAAAAGAAGUAGUUACAUCAGAAGACAAAACAAAAGAAACUUUAGAAUUUACUCAACUAAAUUCAACCCAAGCUAAAUCAGACAUCAAAGUUGUAGAAGGGAUUGAUGAAAAUGCUACUUCUACUUUUAAUAAUUCAAACAAAACAAAAAAUGAAAAGCCAUUAGAUGAAAUUAAUACUCUAACAAGUAACGAAACUGCAUCAGAUGUUAAUUUUACGUCAUCAAAUGCUCAAUCAAUAUUGGACUCAAAAGAAAAAGAAUCUCCAGUGAAUAUUGAACCAAUGUUGGACAAAAAUAAUGACAAAGUAGGAAAAGAAUCAUCUGCAAUUAUUGAACCAACAUUGGACCAAAAUAAAGAAACUGAAGGGAGUAAAUCUGUAAAUAUUGAGCUGAUGUUGGAUCCACCUUCAACAUCCAAAGAACAAGAGGAACCAACAUUGGAUCAAGUCCCAGACACAACAGACGAGGUGCCUGAAGUAGAAGACAGUCUAGGAUUGUUGGCCGAGUCAUCAAGGGUGGUGGAAGACGAUGAAGAAGCUGAAGAAGACGAGGACGGUGAUGGUGAAGGCGAUGAUGAUGAAGAUUUCGAUCAGGACGAUGAGAGUAGCAAUCAAAUGACAGCGGAGCAUUCAGAAGACUCAAAUGCACAGCUGGAUAAAGAAGACGGACAGACGGACAAGGUAGAGAAGACUCCCACUCCGGAGCGAGAGAAGGAGUUAAACUUUGCUGUAGUUCCUGCAACAAGCAAUGAAGGCGGUGAUAUGGAAACGCAGAUCGCUGAAGAUUCACCAGAAGUACAACAAACAAUCGCAACGGAAGCUUCUGAAAAAGAACCUAAAGAGGUGGAGCUGUUACCGGAAAUCACAGACGCACAAACAACAAUAUCGGAUCAGGAGACCCAGGCGGCCACUAAUAGUAUCCUGAAGGAGUUACUCGAAAAAGAAGCUACUGUGCCUGCGGUAAGGUCGGGCAGUCUGUCGACGGGAGUGGUGGAUGUUGAAGGCAGCUCGUCUGAAGAUGACAUACAAGAAGUGAAUAAAACAAAUGCGACUAAAGAAAUUGCAUCUGUUGACGUGAAGGAGGAAUCUAAGCCGUUGUCAGUAGACAUAAAAUACGAAGCAGAAAGUGUGCAAAAGAAAAAUACACCCGAAACAGAGGAAAAGGUGAAGUUGAAGCCAAAGACUGAAUGUGCAGAAGUAUUCAGUUUGGAUUCGGACGAGGAAGACGCGCCAGUUAUCGCCGGUGAAAUAACGAUAGCGGACAAGCCUCAAGGCAACAAGUGCAUCAACCCGCUGUGCGGCGGCGGCGCGCGCGCACGCUGCGCGGCCGCCGACAGCGCCGCGCGCGGCUGCUACGGCGCGCACAACAAGAGGAGCUGUAAAGUGUGUGCGGCGUGCGCUGAGGCGGCCGCCGAGAGGUCUCAGGGCCUAAUGAAAUGCAUCAAAGAUUUCACUCCACUCCUGAAGAUGGAUCUUCGCAAGGUCUCCUCGGAGACUGUAGAGAUUUCCGACUCGGACUCUGACGACGGAGACGUGGAAAUGCCGACUGAUGCCAUCGGGGAGAACGGUGUGAAAUUCCUAGAAGAUAAUUUGGCGGAUGUUUUGAACGAGACGUGGAUCAAAUACAAGCUGGACGAGCGGCUCACCGACGCUCAGAGCGAGCUGAACGAUGAGCUGAACAAGCUGGAAGCGGAGAGCAAAGAAAUAGACACAAUGCUGAACGAAUGCCAAGUUGCAACGGAUCUGCUUCGCAACCAACUGUACGCCACCUUCGAGCCGGAGAGAAGGGAGUUGACCGCCAUCAGCAUAAUUGAUACGCCUUUGGAGAAAUACUCGUACUCCGAGACUAAGGGAGCAACAAUGGACAGGAGCUUAAAACGUCGAACCACGACCGCGAGCGAUCAGCCCGCCAAGCGGCUCGCUAUACCGCUGGGGUACACGCCUAAUGAUGCUGAUGAGUCGAAAUCUACCAACGCGGACGGUGGUAACGAUGAAGAUAAAGACAUAUCUGUGGUGAAACUGUCGGCGGAGGCUGCGCCCUCGGAUUUGCCGCCGCCGGGAGAGAUAACCCGCCCCCCGCUUCGCACCGGCCUGUCAAUUUUUGCCAUGAGAAACUCCUUCUGCACGUGGGCGCCGGCCAAGAUUGUAGAAAUAUUGCCCAAAAACCCAGCGAUCGGUGUCACGACGUGUCGCGUGAAAUUUGAAUCAAAAAGUAAUAUCACAACACGCAUCCUAGCCGCCAGGUGCCUCGCUUACAUCGACCCCGCUGACGUUAGAUUGACUAUUGGUACCCGCGUGAUAGCGUUAUCUAAAGAGAACAUAAAAGCCGGAGAGCCGGCCAACAACAAGAGCUUCUACUCGGGAAUAGUCGCAGAGAUACCUAACCCGGUCAAUAAUUACAGAUACCUGAUAUUCUUCGACCACGGCUACGCCCAGUACGUCCACCACCGCGACACGAGGGUAGUGUGCGAGUGCUCCAACCUGGUGUGGGAGGAGGUACAUCCGAACUCCAGGGAAUUUGUCAAGCAGUACCUGCUGGCGUACCCCGAGAGACCCAUGGUCAGGCUUCACGCUGGACAGAACCUUAAGACCGAAUGGAAUGGGAAAUGGUGGAUGACCAAAGUGCUCCAAGUGGACGCUUCCUUGGUGGAGGUCUCCUUCGAGGACAACAGGACGGAGUGGAUCUACAGGGGCUCCACCAGGCUGUCCCCGCUGUUCCUGGAGCUGCAGGCUGCUGAGAGACAGCGAGCCAGGCCUUUACCCAGGAGCAGUCAGAGAAGAAUGAACAUGCCGUAUGUGGAAUACACCAGGUCGGAGGAACAGAACAAGGCUGAAACGGCAGCGGCCGAACAAGCGAGGGUGCUACAACAUAAUGAGCAGGAGCUCCGGCGGCAGCGCGCCGUGGCCCGCAAGUCGACGGCCGCGCCCGCGCCGCCCGCGCCGCCCGCGCCCGACGCCGUCACCAGCCGCGUCGUGUACUACACGCCCAAGAACGCGGUGAAGCCCCACAAGAUGGCGCCGCACACUUGCUCCCCGAAGUGCAAGCGGAGCGAUGUGCUGGCCCUCCAGGACCUCAGGACUUACAACCCGUUGGCCAAGCCGUUGCUCAGCGGGUGGGAGAGACAAAUAGUCCGGUUCAAGGGGCACAAGGAGGUGAUGUACCGCGCGCCGUGCGGGCGGCGCGUGCGCAGCCUGCGCGAGCUGCACGGCUACCUGCGCGCCGUGCGCUCCGACAUGGCCGUGGACCUGUUCGACUUCUCGCCCAGCACCCACUGCUUGGCCGAGUUCGUGCUCAACAAGUGUCUCGUGGGCAAAAAGGACCUGUCUCACGGCAAAGAGAACGUGCCGGUGCCGUGCGUGAACUAUUACGACGAGUCGCUGCCGGAGUUCUGUUCUUACAACACGGAGCGGACGCCCACCGCGGGGGUGCCGCUCAACAUCGACCCCGAGUUCCUGUGCGGCUGCGACUGCACCGACGACUGCGAGGACAAAACAAAAUGCGCGUGCUGGAAAAUGACGCUAGAGGGCGCACGCACCAUCGGUUUGGACGACAACGUGGGCUACCAGUACAGAAGGCUACCUGAACCCUUACCUUCGGGGAUUUACGAGUGUAACUCCAGGUGUAAAUGUAAACAGACUUGUCUGAAUCGGGUGGCGCAACAUCCACUACAGCUUAAAUUACAGGUGUUCAAAACCUUGAACCGCGGCUGGGGGAUCCGCGCUUUGAACGACGUGCCCAAGGGUGCCUUCCUCUGCGUGUACGCAGGGAACUUGCUCACGGACGCUACGGCUAACUUGGACGGCUUGAACGAAGGCGAUGAAUAUUUAGCCGAGUUGGAUUACAUCGAGGUGGUGGAACAGAUGAAGGAGGGCUACGAGGAAGAUAUACCUGAAGAGGACAAGAAACUAGACCGGAAAUCAUCGAAGUCAUCAGAAGAGGAGUCGUCAUCGGAGGAAGAAGCGACCAACACGAACGAAGACAAAGAGGAUGAUGACUUCCAGCCAGGGUUCAUUGGACAUGGACUCACAGAAUUCAGCAAACGUUUGCGUAAAAGAGAUAGGACGAAAAAGAAGGACGCGGAGAAAGAGAAGGCGAAGGAGGUCGACAAGGGCAUGGAGGACAACGGCUGCAUCACCAUCAGCGAUGAUGAGGAAGCAAAAGAACCAUCUCAGUUUAUGGCGCAGGCCGCCAUCGGCGCAAACGAAUUUGUACCCAAAUAUAGGUCCGUACGGUCUUUAUUCGGCAAAGACGAGGCGUGUUACAUCAUGGACGCCAAGGUUCAGGGCAACAUAGGCAGGUACCUCAAUCACUCGUGCACGCCCAACGUGUUCGUGCAGAACGUGUUCGUGGACACGCACGACCCGCGCUUCCCGUGGGUCGCGUUCUUCGCUCUGUCCCACAUCCGCGCCGGCACAGAGCUCACGUGGAAUUACAACUACGACGUCGGCUCCGUGCCCGGGAAAAUGCUGUACUGCUACUGUGGCGCCCCCAACUGCAGGGGGCGGCUGUUGUAACCGAAUCGUAAUUACAAAAGUGCGGAUCUAUAAGUAUAUAGUUUUAAACUUUCAUCAUCCUACUGGGCCGUGUGGUUCCUGGCACUAAUAAAAAAUAAGAUUAGGACCACUCCAUCUCUCGUGGAUGUCGUAAAAAGCGACUGAGGGAUAGGCUUAUAAAGUUGGGAUUCGUCUGUUAGGCGAUUGCCUAGCAACCUGUCACUAUUUGAAUCUCAAUUCUAUCAGGAAGCCAAAACAGCUGAACGUGGCCUUUCAGUCUUUAUAAGAUUGUUAAAUUGGCUCUGUCUACCCCGCAAGGGAUAUAGAUGUGAUUUUAUGUAUAUAUGUAUGUUUCAUACUACAUACUAUCGGCCCGCCACGGCUUUGCCUUUGGUACAUACAUAACCUAUAUCACCCGCAGAUAUUGAUUUUUACGAUCGCUUCAAUUCUGAUGAGGUAAUGUUGUCACCGAAUCUUCUCGUCUAUAAGAACAGUCAACGCUUGACAAAUAACGAUUGUGUUGUGAGAAUUUUAGCGCAAUUUUGUACUAGUGGAAAGACAUGGGACCCUAAUGAAUGUAUUGUUACUAUUACUAAAGAAUAGAGUGAUGUAACGGAUAUCAGAGGAACAAGAUUCGUGUCAGUUUUUUUAAAUAGGUAGUUUAAAUGUACACUUAGUUGUGUACGCUAUUACGUGUAAGUGCCGUGUGGUUUCCGGCACCAAUACAAAAAAGAAUAGGACCACUCCAUCUCUUUCCCAUGAAUGUCGUAAAAGCCGACUAAGGGGUAGGCUUAUAAACUUGGGAUUCUUCUUUUAGGCGAUGGGCUAGCAACCUGUCGCUAUUUGAAUCUCAAUCCUAUCUUAAAGCCAAAUAGCUGAACGUGGCCUAUCAGUCUUUACAAGACUGUAGGCUCUGUCUACCCCGCAAGGGAUAUAGACGUGAUUGUAUGUAUGUAUGUAUUACGUGUACCGUACUGGCAUACACGUCAAUUCAAGGGUGUUUGAAUGCACGUUAGUUUAUGUCGCUUAGUGUUCUCGAACGUCAAGGAUGCUCGCAUGUACGUCAUGCGAGUCAUACAGGUGUUUGCAUACAUUGUGGCAUACGCCUUAAU